AUGGCCUUAGACAACCAGCCAUUUACUUUAGUUGAAGAUACAGGUUUUAAUAACUUAAUGAACCAUUUAGAACCCAGAUAUUGCAUGCCAAGUAGAAAAUUUUUUUCUAAAACAAUAAUACCUCAACUUUACAUGGAGUUAAAUAAUAAAAUUUCUGAUAAAUUAAUAAAAACAGAUUACAUAAGCUUUUCUUCAGAUAUAUGGACAUGCCCAAUUUCUCAUGAAUCAUUUAUUUCAUUGUCUACCCACUCCAUCGAUAAAGAUUUUAACAGAUUUGAUGUGGUAUUACAUGCUUCUCAUUUUCCUGAAAGCCAUAUUGGAAUAAACAUAUCUAAAAAGUUAGAAAGUAUGUGGGAUAGCUGGAAAAUUCAAGCUGAAAGACGACAUAUUCUUGUAAGAGAUGGUGCAAGCAACAUGAUAAGUGGGAGUAAUCUAGCUGAAAUUCCCGCAAUCCAUUGUAAUAUUCAUUUACUUCAAUUAGUUGUUUCAGAUUCAAUAAGUGAAAAUAUUGUAAUUUCAAAAUGUCGUCGACUUGUAACUCAUUUUAACCAUUCAUCUUUAGCAUGUAACAACUUUAAACAAAUUCAGCUGCAACAAAAUCUCAACCCUCUUUGUCUUGUUCAAGAUGUUCUUUCAAAAUGUCGUCGACUUGUAACUCAUUUUAACCAUUCAUCUCUAGCAUGUAACAACUUUAAACAAAUUCAGCUGCAACAAAAUCUCGACCCUCUUUGUCUUGUUCAAGAUGUCCCAACAAGAUGGAACAGCACUUAUCUUAUGCUUGAUAGAUUAAACAAGUUAAAAGUUCCAGUUCAACUAUACUUAGCAGAACGUUCUGAUUUAAUGCCUUUUUCUACAUUAGAAUGGACAAUAAUAUUAAACAUUAUUAAACUGUUAAAGCCUUUUUUCCAAUUAACUCAGGAAAUGAGUUCAGAAAUAACAACUUUGUCUUCUGUAAUUCCAAAUAUGUGCUCAUUGAAGAAAUUUAUGUCAAAAUGUCAAGUUGAUUUAAGUAUUCAAGAAACAAAGAAUCGGCUUACAACUUCUUUAAAAAAUAGAUUUUUUUUUGAAAUAAAUGAUGCGAAGUCUUUAAACAUUUUGAAAAAUACGUACUAUGUCAUAGCUACUUCAAUUGAUAUAAGAUAUAAGUUUUCUUUCUUUAAGGAUGAUAUCGAAAAACAGGCUAAGUACUGGUUAAUAAAUGAAAUUUUAUCCUUUGAAAAAACUCUUGUUUGUUCUGAAGAAGUAGAAGUAGAUUUUAGUGUAAAUGAAGAACCAUCACAAUUAAAUUUUUCAAUUAAUACUGAAAAAGAAGACACUCUUAAAGCAUGUUUCAAAGAAAUUAUAAAUGCAACAUCUGAAAAACCAUUACCUUUUAAAAAAUUAAAGUUAGAGAAAAAAUCAAACGAGAUUUUGAUUAGAAAAGAAAUAAAAAAGUUUUAUUCUGAACCACUUGUAGGCAGUCCAAUAAAGACCUGGAUGCAAGAAGAACGAUUCCCUCUUUUAAAAACAAUUGCUUCAAAACAUCUAUGCACUCCUGCAUCAUCCAUAUUUUCUGAAAGAUUGUUCUCAGAAUAUGGUAAUAUCUAUGAGAAAAAGAGAUCUAGGUUAUUGCCUAAAACAGGAGAAAUGCUUUUGUUUAUUCACCAUAAUGGGAGGAAAAUAGAAUGA